CGUAUAUAUCUAGCAGAAAGAGAAGCCAAAGGCAAAGUCGACCCAAAAACCAAAAAAGCCAAACCCACGACGGUUCACGGCGAUCACCACCACCAUGUCCAUGUGCACGUUAGAGAAGAGCGGAGGGAUCUUCCUCCUAACCAUAAACGGGCUCGACGAGCACCGGGUCAACCCCACCCUCAUCAGCUCGCUCCGGUCGUCCCUCCGCCAGGCCAGGGACCAGUCCACUCGCGGCUGCGCCCUCGUCACCAAACACCAAGGUAAGUACUUCUCCAACGGCUUCGACACUGCGUGGGCCCAGUCCGCCGCCACCCGCGGCGGUGGAACCGCCUACGACCACCUGGUGAAGUUGUCGGAGCUGUACGGGCCGGUGGUGGCGGAUUUCGUAUCGCUGCCGAUGCCGACGAUCGCCGCAGUGACAGGACACGCCGCGGCCGCCGGGUUGAUGCUGCCGCUGAGCCAUGAUUAUGUGUUGAUGAGGGGCGAUCGCGGGGUGAUGUAUUUGAGCGAGCUGGACUGGGGGAUGGCGUACCCUGACUACUUCACAGCACUGGUGAGGGAGAAGGUGGGGUCAUCCGCUGCUCGCAGGGACAUAUUGCUGAAAGCGGUGAAAAUGAAGGCGACGGAGGCCAUGGCGAUGGGGGUUGUGGACUCGGUGCACGAGAGCCCGGAGGCCACGGUGGAGGCUGCCGUGCGCCUGGGGGAGGAGUUGGUUAAAAGGAAGUGGGACGGUGAGGUUUAUUCGGACAUACGGUUAGCUAUGUACCCUGAGCUAUGUGGCGUCCUGGGAUUGGCCCCCAAGGGCGUUCGAGGAUUGGCCAGCGAGGACUUGUUAGCCUCUAUGGCCCGGAUUUGAAAUGUGAAAUUGUUGAAAAAACUAUAAGCAUCCAUAGAGGAAUGAGGGGUUGGCUUAUGGGGGCCGGGGCCACCCCCAUUUGGGAAACUCCAUAAUUAACUCUCUCUUCUUUUUCUUUUUUUUGUUUAUUUUUAAAUCUUUACGUGUGUUGCCCAUGUAAAAUAUGACUUAAUAAAGAGUUGUUUAUAUAUAUAUUUUUUUCAAA